UGUGCCAAUUCAAAAUCCUGUGUAAUGGGUCAUUCAUACAAUGUUUUAUGCACUGUUUUUCUAUUGAGGGAUGGUCUUGGUGCAGUUGAGGUAGAAAACUAACGUUCCGAUUAGAUCUAAAUGCACGCAUUGUAUUGUAUGUAUGUAGUACGUACAUACGUAAAUAUGUAUGUGUGUAUCCCAGGAUGGACAAGAAAGGAGGAGGGAAUGAUGUCAUUUAUCCUGACAUAAUGUUCUGUGUUGAUGGAUUUGAGGAGAUAUUCCACAGCAUUCACCUCACAGAGCCAGGAGAGAAAGUUGCCGUUCAGCUGAUGGCAGUCAACAAGAGUAUCAGAGUGUCGAGGAUGGUGUUCCUGGGAGCAGUGGACUACGGGGCCCUCAGGACUGAGUGUAUGAAGAGAGACCAGAACUCUCUCUCGCGACGUCUCAAGAGACUCUCUCUCACCCGAAACUCCUCCAACGGCAGAAAGACGGACCUAAGACAGGCCUACAGCUUUGUGAAGAUGCAGGGACCCAAAAUGAAGGGAUUCGCAGAGAUGGCAGUGGCUCGAGUGAGUCACCACGAGCUCGUCCCCCCACAGCCAGCCCAGGCUCCACCCACUCUCCAGCCUUCCUACACCAAACCCACCAUCUCUCCUCGUCUCGUUGUGGCUACUAAAAACGGGGGCUCCCCCAGCGGCGCAAAACGCCAUCCCUACCAUCAUAGUCCCGGAAGACUCCACUUCAAUGUCGCCCUCCCCCACUUCGGUCCACAUCCGUGGACACUCGUCUCCCUCACAGAUGACUUUCCACGAGCGUUCGUACUCUUCCCCCGUGGACGCUGUUAGCUCACCCGGGUCAGACGAAGCGUACUACUCCACGGCAAGCCCCUCCCACUCCAGUGUUGUCAUGGAAGCAGAGGACUUCCGACAGAGCUCUCGUCCGGGGUCGGGGUUCUUCACUCGCCAAUCGAGUCGCGACAGCUUCCUGUCAAACGACUCGGCUCUGGAUCCGAGACACGAGCGAAGUCAGAGUUUCACCGGACCAGUGAGAGAGAGCGACUCCAUUUCUGUGGCCUCUGCCACCACCAUCGGGUCCUCCAAGGGACGUUUCAAGUCGAGUUCAGGAAGACCUCGGAGCAAGUCUGGUUCAGAUAUGGCAGUGUGUGCCUACCUCACCUACAUCACACUUCCGUGGCACUGCAUCGUGGAUGAUAUCCUGAACAGCACAAGGAAGAGAGUGUUAUAACACAUCCAGAGAUUAUACUGCGUUACGUUACACCAUAACAUGUUUUGUUACACAUUACUGUUGUUGUAGAGUCAUGUCGAAUCUUAUGUGUUGCUUAAUACACAUAAUAAUCAUAGCAAAAUUUAAUAUUUUUUA